GUCCCCUAAGUGGGGAGACUAAUAGAACGGGGAGCCCCAGUCCGCGGUCCGAGUGCUCAGCGCCGGGGUGACUAGGAGAUCUCGGAUUGAACUCGGGAGGAGUUGGACCCAUCUGCACCUCCGGGCGCGGGGCGGGGCCCGGAGAGUGACGGGGGCAGUCGAGAUACGGAAACGCCGGCCCUCCAAGACAGGCCAGAGCGGCCCUAUCUGGCCUGCGUGGCGCAGUGCAGCGCUAGAGCGGCCGGCGGGAGGAGUAGAGUCGUCGGGGCCGGAGCCCUGCAGGAGCCGGGCUAGAGCGGCUGACAGGAGGAGUGGAGCUGGGCGCAAAGGUGGACUCAGGGCGGCUAGAGCGACGCGGCGGCAGGGGUGGGGAGAGUGCGGAGCCGGCGCGCGGAGGCUCCGGUUCCGGUGGCGGCGGUGGCUUCUCUUUCCACCUGGAGCAGCCCUGCAGAGCCCAGGGAGAUGGAAGACGUCGCCCGAGGGGCGGCCUCCCCAGGCCCCUCCCGGCCUGGCCUGGUUCCCGUCAGCAUCAUUGGGGCUGAGGAUGAGGAUUUUGAGAACGAGCUGGAGACAAACUCAGAAGAGCAAAACAGCCAGUUCCAGAGCCUGGAGCAGGUGAAGCGGCGCCCAGCCCACCUCAUGGCCCUCCUGCAGCACGUGGCCCUGCAGUUUGAGCCAGGACCCCUGCUUUGCUGUCUGCAUGCCGACAUGCUGGGCUCACUGGGCCCCAAGGAGGCCAAGAAGGCCUUCCUGGACUUCUACCACAGCUUCCUGGAGAAGACAGCGGUUCUGCGGGUGCCAGUCCCUCCCAACGUCGCCUUUGAACUUGACCGCACUAGGGCUGACCUCAUCUCCGAAGAUGUCCAGCGGCGGUUCGUGCAGGAGGUGGUGCAAAGCCAGCAGACAGCCGUGGGCCGGCAGCUGGAGGACUUCCGCUCCAAGCGGCUCAUGGGCAUGACGCCCUGGGAGCAGGAGCUGGCCCAGCUGGAGGCUUGGGUUGGGCGGGACCGAGCCAGCUACGAGGCCCGGGAGCGGCACGUGGCAGAGCGGCUGCUCAUGCACCUGGAGGAGAUGCAACAUACCAUCUCUACCGACGAAGAAAAGAGUGCUGCCGUGGUCAACGCCAUUGGCCUGUACAUGCGCCACCUUGGGGUGCGAACGAAGAGUGGAGACAAGAAGUCGGGGAGGAACUUCUUCCGGAAAAAGGUGAUGGGGAACCGGCGGUCGGACGAGCCUGCCAAGACCAAGAAGGGGCUGAGCAGCAUCCUGGAUGCCGCCCGCUGGAACCGGGGAGAGCCCCAGGAUUUUCGACACCUCAAAGCAGAGGUUGAUGCUGAGAAGCCAGGUGCUACAGACCGGAAGGGAGGCCUGGGGAUGCCCUCUCGGGACCGGAAUGUCGGGGCUCCUGGGCAGGACAGCCCUGGAGUCUCUCUGCACCCUCUGUCCCUGGACAGCACAGACCGGGAACCAGGUGCCGACGCCCCCCUGGAGCUGGGGGACUCAUCCCCGCAGGGUCCAAUGAGCCUGGAGUCCCUGGCGCCCCCAGAGAGUACCGAUGAGGGGGCCGAAACCGAGAGGCUAUCAGGGCGUCUGGGGCGCUCAGAGAGCCUGCGGGUGAGUGACCGCCGCCGGCCUUCCCGGGGCAGCCUCGGGGCUAAGGGCCGGGGUGGGGGCCGCUCCCGGAGCGACGUGGACAUGGACCCCAGUUCCGCCACGGCAGUGCUUGGCCCUGCCCGACGAGCCACCCCUGAGCCUGGAGAUGAGGGGGAGCCAGGGCGGUCGGGACUGGAGCUUGAACCAGAAGAGCCUCCCGGCUGGCGGGAACUCGUCCCCCCAGAUACCCUGCACAGCCUGCCCAAGAGCCAGGUGAAGCGGCAGGAGGUCAUCAGCGAGUUGUUGGUGACAGAGGCGGCCCAUGUGCGCAUGCUGCGGGUGCUGCACGACCUCUUCUUCCAGCCCAUGGCAGAAGGCCUCUUCUUCCCCUUGGAGGAGCUGCAGAACAUCUUCCCCAGCCUGGACGAGCUCAUCGAGGUGCAUUCCCUGUUCCUCGAUCGCCUGAUGAAGCGGAGGCAGGAGAGUGGCUACCUCAUCGAGGAGAUCGGAGACGUGCUGCUGGCCCGGUUUGAUGGUACUGAGGGCUCCUGGUUCCAGAAAAUCUCCUCCCGCUUCUGCAGCCGCCAGUCGUUUGCCUUAGAGCAGCUCAAAGCCAAGCAACGCAAGGACCCUCGGUUCUGUGCCUUCGUGCAGGAAGCUGAGAGCCGCCCGCGGUGCCGCCGCCUGCAGCUGAAGGACAUGAUCCCCACGGAGAUGCAGCGGCUGACCAAGUACCCCCUGCUCCUGCAGAGCAUCGGGCAGAACACAGAAGAGCCCAAGGAACGGGAGAAAGUGGAGCUGGCAGCCGAGUGCUGCCGGGAAAUUCUACACCACGUCAACCAAGCCGUGCGUGACAUGGAGGAUCUGCUGAGGCUCAAGGACUAUCAGCGGCGCCUGGACUUGUCCCACCUUCGGCAGAGCAGCGACCCCAUGCUGAGCGAGUUCAAGAACCUGGACAUCACCAAGAAGAAAUUGGUCCACGAGGGCCCACUGACGUGGCGGGUGACUAAGGACAAGGCUGUGGAGGUGCAUGUGCUGCUGCUGGACGACCUGCUGCUGCUGCUCCAGCGCCAGGACGAGCGGCUGCUGCUCAAGUCCCAUAGCCGGACACUGACGCCCACGCCCGACGGCAAGACCAUGCUGCGGCCCGUGCUGCGGCUCACCUCAGCCAUGACCCGCGAGGUGGCCACCGAUCACAAAGCCUUCUACGUCCUUUUCACCUGGGACCAGGAGGCCCAGAUAUACGAGCUGGUGGCACAGACUGUGUCGGAGCGGAAAAACUGGUGUGCCCUCAUCACUGAGACUGCCGGAUCCCUGAAAGUCCCUGCCCCUGCCUCUCGCCCUAAGCCCCGGCCCAGCCCGAGCAGCACCCGAGAACCCCUCCUCAGCAGCUCUGAGAACGGCAAUGGUGGCCGAGAGACGUCUCCGGCUGAUGCCCGGACAGAGAGAAUCCUCAGUGACCUCCUGCCCUUCUGCAGACCAGGCCCCGAGGGCCAGCUCGCUGCCACGGCCCUUCGGAAAGGAGUUGGAGGAGGAAUUUUGCCGCCUGAGACCCCUCCUGUCUCAGCUUGGGGGGAACUCUGUACCCCAGCCUGGCUGCACUUGAGGUUCCCGCCCAGGAAGGCCUUUUGCAAGAAGAAGAGGAAUGGGGGAGAGGACGUGAGGGACCACCCCCACCCACACAGCUGCCGCAGCAUCUCACACCCCGAGGGCCUGAGGAGAGGGAGCUGUGGGCCACGCCUAGGAGGGGCCCAGCUGGGGUUACUGGCCCUGCAUGAGCCUCCGCCAUCUCUCCCUCCUGCCCUCUGCUUGGGGGACUCAGGGCUUCAUUCCGGAGGGCACCACGGUGACCCGGGCCAUCUCAGUAUUGCCUGUGGGGGCCACCCCUCCACCCCCCACCCCCAAGUGCCUUCGCUCUGUUUUUAUACCCUGAAUUGGAGGUUUAUUUUUUAAUAUAUAUUAUCUAAGAA